GGCUGCUUUUAAACUGCCGAAUACAAAGUAUGACCGGAACGUUUUUCUUUUUACAUGGUAACUUUAAGAAAAUGUCAAUUUCUGUAAUCAAAAUAAACUUGCUUCAUUAUUUUUAUUAUAUUGAAAUAUUAUAUUACUAACACAACUGAUAAUUAACAAUAUUAAAAAAAAAUUAAAACUAAAGUAGUACAUAAGUCACAUAAAUAUUAAUGUACAUUAUUUGAUCCGAAAUGGGGGAAGGGCACCCAAUGUAUCGUCGCCUAGUAUCACGAAAACAUUUAGAAAUAUUAGUCAAAUACAUGGAAAAAUACCCAGUUUUAGCCCUCUCCUGUGCACGAUCCAGGGAAGAAGUGAUCGAAGCCAGGAAAAUAUGGGAAAAAAUAGCGCAAAGCUUAAACAAAGUUGAUGAAAAAGUUUACAAAACCGGUUGCAAAUGGUCGCGGUAUUGGGCGGAUUGGAAAUUUAAAAUACGAAGAAAAUAUAUUUGUCUGAAGAAAUGCCAGUCCAAUGGGGUUGCUUGCUCAGUACGUCUCUCUCCGUAUGAGCAAAAGGUCAUCAAGAUACUGACGGAUGAGGAGGGGAAUUUACUCUCUCCGAGCGCUCUGAGUCACAUAAGUCUGUUUCAGGAAUCAGAGGGGGCUCGGUCAAAAUCAACAAAUCACUGCGGCAUCGAUGAUUCUGAUGAUGAAGAACAUAUUGACUCAUUAGCAAAUAACAAUGAAGAAAUUAUACAUAUUGAGUAUGCAGAUAUUAAACCGAAUUUAUCGCAAGAUCCAAUUGAACUUGACCACGAUAGGAAGAGCUUAGAGGAGUUAAGGAGAGAUUUAUUAAAGUUUGAACUGAAGAAGCAGAGAGAGUUGUUUGAGAUCGAGAAGAGAGAGAGGAGGGAGAAACAUGAGUUGGAAGUAUCAAUUUUGAGGUUAAGAAAGCAGUUGCUAAUGAAACAGAUUGACUCAUAAUACGAUUCACCUGAGAAUAAAAUUAGGAUGAUACCUGAUAAUUUAUCUUCAUGUGUCUCGACUCUAGAGCAAUGGAUCCUAACUUAGAAAUCCUCUACUUGAUUGAUUGUAAUCUCAUGGAUCGUAUGGAACCUGGGUCUAUGGGCAGACUUUUUGGUCUCGCUCUUUUGAACCAAUGCCAUUGUUAUGGCAGUUGCUGUGAAGAAUUAUUUGAAAUAUUUCUGAAGAUUUUAUACUCCGACAGCCUAAUUAACCCUAUAGAAUAGCCAUUUUACUCCGAUGAGGUGAUCAUGCCCGUUCUCAAAAAGAGCUCCCAAUGAGCUUGUGUUAUGGCAGUGUCAUAUUAUAUAUCUGUGAUUAGGUUCGUAUUGUCUGAUAAAAAUUCUCAAAAUAAAAAAAAAACGGAUGAAUAAUUAAAAAAUUUUUUUGUAACAAGUAUUGUUGCCAAAUAGAGAAAUCACUUUUUUUAUUGUUUAGAUGCGUGGAUGAGCGCACGGCCCACCUGGUGUUAUGUGGUUAACGGAGCAGAUAGACAUCGACUUUGGUGACGUAAGUUUUAAAUCCUUAGUACAACGGCUGCUCCACCCUUCAAACCGAAACCUACCUACCUACCCGUGCGACCUCGCAAGAGGUCCUACCAUCGGUAAUUACGCAAAUUAUAAUUUUGCGGGUUUGACUUUUAUUACACGAUAUUAUUCCUUCACCGUGGAAGUAAAUCGUGAACAUUUGUCAAGUACAUAUUUAAUUAGAAAAAUUGGUACCCGCCUGCGGGAUUCGAACACCGGUGCAUCGCUUCAACACGAACGCACCGGAUGUCUUAUCCUUUAGGCUUUCAGGAACAUUCUUCAACUUCAGGACAUUAAGUAAUUACCAGUGCGCUGGUAGAGAGGCAUCGAUACCAUGGAUGUCCAUGGGCGACGGUAACCGGUAGGCAGCGGCUUGGCUCUGCCCUUGGCAUUGCUGAAGUCCAUGGGCGACGGUAACCACUCACCAUCAGAUGGGCCGUAUGCUCGUCUGCAUACAAAGGCAAGAAAAAAAAAAAAGGAUGCAUAGUCUGAUUGAUAGAUAUUUUUUUCAAACUUGAUUACCAUUUAUACUAAACUGGAAUUUUAUAAGUAUAUACCUAAUAUUAAAUCUUCAAGUUCGAUCUUGCUCAUUGAAACAAAGAAAUGUUUUUUUUUGUGAUUUUUUAUUUAUUAACACAACAACGUCUUUUUGUCAUUAAUUCUAUCAUGUGGAACUCUAAACUAGAACUGAAAACAAAUACUCGUUUAGCGAUUCUUGAAAAAAAAAUGCUUUGUAUAUCAUGCUAACUGGAACGGGUAGUCAGGAUGUUUGCUCCAUUUGGUCUGUGGCAAGGUCCUGUAGCCGGUGUCAAAGCUUUUCAGCAGGUUGAACUCCUCAGGAGUCAGACUGAAGUCGAACAGCUGUAUGUUCUGCUCGAUCCUCUCCUUAUGCACCGACUUGGGUAGAACGACGGCUCCUAACUCGAUC